ACAGACAGGUGAAACUAACUAACUUAAAGUCGGUUUUAAAAAGGAUUAUCACGUGAGUUGCACGAUUCCUUUUUUUCUGUACUUGGAGUAGGAGACCGACCUAAUGACCUAGGCUAUAGCCCUCUAUAAAUAGAAGGGUUUCUUAUUUGUUUUUUAAGCAUAGCCAAAAUUGAUUAACAAUUAGUUUGUGUUUAGUUCUCCCAAAAUUUUCAUUCAUUUUCUUUUUGAUUUUCUCGAGAAAGUAAGUUUGGUUAAAAUGGGCACGGUGAUUCUUCAUCCCCACGAUUGCCUCGGUGCGCGGUUUCGUGGCGAAUCUUUGACGACGACGACCGAUUCGCAGUUCAGAUCCAAUCCAAACCCUAACCCUAGUCGUACCAGUUUUCAGUCUCGGCGCCGUAAGCGGAGUCCUCCGUCUUCUCCCCGCGAUGACGAUUGUAAUCGGUCGAAAGAUGUAGCCAUGGUGGAAAAAUCUCCUGCGAUUAAUUUGGUUAAUGGUCAAGUCACGAUAUUGAAGCGAGGCGACUCGUUGAGUUUGAUUGCGGGGAAGAACGAUCGGAUCCAUGGUGCUGUUGUCUCCGAUGAGAAGCGAAAACCUAAGGUUGUCUCCGUUGGGAAACGAAAACCUAGAGUUGUGAAGGUUGUUGAAGAAGCGGAUUUGGGCCUUGGAUCGACGAAUAGGCUUGGUCCUGAUCCAGAAAUGAUGAUGAAGCAGGUUAGAGUAUCCAAUCACAAAUUAAUGGAUCCUUUUUACGCUGGAUCGUGUGCUGCAUCUACAUCUCCACCACCUAGCUCUCUGCCGCUUCCUGGAUUUAUAGGAAAUAAAGAAGUGGCGACCGGCGAUUUGCGAAGGUUGUUGGAUCUCGAUUUCGAUAUUAUCUAGAAGAACCAGUAGUAGAAGGCGACCUUGAAGGAUUUGGUUCGUUCGCUCAAUUUGUCUCUGUUUCUUCCUUUAUUUUUUCAAGAGGAAGGUUACUGAGCUUAAUCAGUGACGAUAAUCAAUCAUCUUCUUCCGCUGAAGUAACGUUUUCUCAAUUGCUGUAGUGUACACACUUGCAAGAUUCAUGGGGUUUUACAGUUGUUUCUAACGAGUCAAUAGACUCAGUACUGCAUUUCUUUUACUGCUUUUACAGAUUUCAUUUCUACAGAGUAACACAUAGAAAUUGUUCACUGAUCAGUACAUACAGUAAGUACUGUGUUUGUAAUUGUAUCACUGUAGAUUUCUUAUACGGAUCAAUACACACAAUAAAUACUGUAAAUAUUUCUUUUACGGAUCAAUACACACUAUCUUCUGUUCUUAUGUAUGGAAUAAAUAAUACUGUAGAUUCUGUUUCCUUUUCAA